UUGUGAGGAGAAAUUCCACAAAAAAAUAUUUAGAAUUGACAUAUUAAGGGCCACCGGCAUCCUAACCCACCGAGAAUCCUGCUAAAAAUUUCCUUCCUCUCUCGAUUUCGUCUUCCAAUUUUAUAAUCAUCUCUUUCUCUGACGACGAUAACCGGUGCCGGUCUGUAUCCCGCUGGAAUAUCUAUUCGCUCUCCGGCAUCUAACUUUGUAGCUCUUGCGUUUCCUUCGAUCUGUAAGCAACGGAAUCAUGAAUCCUGAAUAGAUGUGAUGUGCCUGAAUACCAUGUGUGUGGCAAUGAUUAUUUGUUCAAGCUUUUGCUUAUUGGAGACUCUGGUGUUGGAAAAUCAUGUCUACUUCUGAGGAUGAUUCCUAUCUUGAGAGUUACAUCAGUACUAUUGGAGUUGACUUUAAAAUCCGCACCGUGGAACAGGAUGGAAAGACCAUUAAACUCCAAAUUUGGGAUACGGCUGGCCAAGAACGUUUUAGAACAAUCACAAGCAGCUACUAUCGUGGGGCUCAUGGCAUCAUUGUUGUUUAUGAUGUCACGGAUCAAGAGAGCUUCAAUAACGUUAAGCAAUGGUUGAAUGAAAUUGAUCGCUAUGCAAGUGAAAAUGUUAACAAACUUUUGGUUGGGAACAAGUGUGACCUCACAGCGAACAAAGUUGUCUCCUAUGAAACGGCAAAGGCAUUUGCUGAUGAAAUUGGGAUCCCUUUUAUGGAAGCAAGUGCAAAAAAUGCCACCAAUGUGGAAGAGGCUUUCAUGGCCAUGGCUGCUGAGAUCAAGAAUAGGAUGGCAAGCCAACCGUCCAUGAACAAUGCCAGCCCUCCAACAGUGCAGAUUCGAGGACAGCCGGUUAACCAGAAGUCUGGCUGCUGCUCUUCUUGAACUUGAAGAAAGAAUUAGCCUUAACUCUGUUUCUUUGUGGCAUGUAAGUAAAACUAGUUUUCAAAUUUGCUCAGACGUGAAGAAGAUUAUGGUUAUGAAUUUCUGUGUUGUCUAUUCAACACAUUGUCAAAACUAAAGUUCUUUAGAUGUAUUUGAUUUAAAGUAACAUUCAUUUGUACAAAUCAGUCAUAUUAGUGAGUUGCCUAGAAUUUGACCCUUAA